UUCGACCUCAUAGACUUCAGACGCAGGGAAAAACCGCCAUACGCUAUUCUUUCACACACGUGGGAGGAAGAUAACAACGAAGAGGUCACAUUUUCCGAUGUGAUGGAUGGAACUGGCCAAGAAAAGAUAGGUUAUCGAAAACUCCGCUUCUGCGGUGAUCAGGCUGCUCGGGACAGAUUGGAAUACUUCUGGGUUGAUACCUGCUGCAUUGAUAAGUCGAACAGCUCUGAGCAUACAGAAGCGAUUAUUCUCAUGUUCCAAUGGUAUCAGAAAGCAGCAGUCUGCUAUGCGUAUUUGUCCAACGUAUCUUCCGAGGAAAAAAACAGUGCUCAUAGCAAGGAAUGGGAAUUGCAAUUCAAAAGCAGCAGAUGGUUCAAUCGUGGUUGGACGCUCCAAGAGCUCAUUGCCCCGGAUAUAGUUCAGUUCUUUUCAAAAGAGUGGGCUUUACUAGGAGAUAAGCAUACGCUGGUGCAAGAGGUCUCUGACGCGACGGGGAUCAGCAUUGAGGCUCUCCAAACGAAGCAUAUUUUCCAGCUCAGCAUGCAAGAACGGAUAUCGUGGACGAAGCAUCGAAACACAACGCGACCUGAAGACCUCGCCUAUUCAUUGCAAGGUAUCCUCGAUGUUCAGAUGUUACCCAACUACGGCGAGGGGCGAGAAAAGGCCAUGCUUCGACUUCAGGAGGAGUUC